CGCCGCGCAGCCCGCCCCGCUCCCCGCCCCGCUCCGCCCGGCCCGGCGGCGCCGCAGCCCGGCAGCAUCGCGGCGGGACUGCCCGGGGAUGCAGCCGCGCUAAGAACAAAAGCCCUCUGCGCGGUCACGCUCCGGGGCUUUCAAGCGGCGCGGCCCGGCCCGGCCAAACUUGGAUCUCUGCCCCCUCCGCCGAGCCGCGGCGGCGUCCGGAUUGAACUGCCCGGCGCCUUCCCCGCACGCCGAGGGCAGCGGCAGCGCCUGAGACCCGGGCUUUCCCCCGCCUGCCGCCCUCGCCCGCUGCGCGCCGUCCCGCCGGGGCUGCCCGGGGAGGGGGGCCUCGCCCCGGACCCCGCGCCGCCCGGCACCGCGCCGCCCCGGGGACCCCGGCCGCCUCCCCGCCGCGGGACCUUGGCUUUGCCCUUCGCACGGCAGGUGGCGGGGCCAGCGGAGAAGGAUGCGUUUCUUCCCGUGGGGAUUUUGGCUGCUGUGUGUCGCCUCCGCCCCGGUUCGCGGUGACAGCGGCAGCAAGGCGAGGAGCUGCGCCGAGGUCCGGCAGCUGUAUGGGGCCAAGGGCUUCAGUCUCAGCGGCGUGCCCCAGGCCGAGAUCUCCGGGGAGCACCUGCGAAUCUGCCCACAAGGCUAUACCUGCUGCACCAGCGAAAUGGAGGAGAACUUUGCAAACAAAAGCCGAAGUGAAUUUGAAGCCAUGGUGAAAGAGUCCGGUCGCUCUGUGCAGACAACCCUGACAGCACAGCACAGAAGCUUUGACAGUUAUUUCCAGGAUUUGUUGAACAAGUCAGAAAAGGCCCUUUAUGAUGCUUUUCCGAGCAUGUACGGAGAAUUGUACACUCAAAACAUGAAGGUCUUCAAGGACUUGUACAGCGAGCUACGCCGCUAUUACCGAGGCUCCAACAUCAACUUGGAAGAGGCCCUCAAUGAGUUCUGGACACGCUUGCUGGAGCGGCUCUUCAAGCUGAUGAAUCCCCAGUACCAUAUCACAGAUGAGUACCUGGAUUGCAUGGUGAAACACGCGGAGCAGCACAAACCCUUCGGGGAAGUUCCCAGGGACCUGAAGGUGAAGGCAACCCGAGCCUUCAUCGCGGCACGCUCCUACGCACAGGGCUUUCUUGUGGGCAGCGACGUGGUCAAAAAGGUGUCUCAGGUAUCUCUCAGCCACGAAUGCACUCGUGCCAUCAUGAAGCUGAUGUACUGCCCGCACUGCCGGGGCAUGUCCAGCGUGAAGCCAUGCAACAACUACUGCCUGAACGUCGUGAAGGGCUGCCUGGCCAACCAAGCAGACCUGAACACCGAGUGGAAGUACUUGAUGGAUUCCCUGGUCGUGGUGGCUGAUCGGAUUGAUGGACCGUACAACGUAGACACUGUAAUAGGGACCAUUCACAUGAGGAUCGCUGAAGCUAUUUCUAAUUUGCAAGAAAACAAAGAUUCUAUCACAGCCAAGGUUUUCCAAGGCUGUGGAAAUCCCAAAAUCAGCACAAAAGGCUCCAGCAGCGAGGACAAGAAAAGGCGGGGGAAGGUCGCAUUGGAAGCAAAAUCUUCUGCGCAAGCACUGGAGAUGCUGGUUUUAGAUGCCAAAGGGAAUCUGACAGCUCUCAGGACUUACUGGAUCACCCUGCCUGGCAGCUUGUGCAGCAAAAAAGUAAUGGCCAGCUCAGCGGCAGACGACAAGUGUUGGAACGGCAUGACCAAGGGCAGUUACCUGCCGGAAGUGAUGGGGGACGGCUUAGCUAAUCAGAUUAACAACCCGGAGGUGGAGGUGGAUAUCACCAAGCCAGAUAUGACCAUUCGCCAGCAAAUCAUGCAGCUAAAGAUCAUGACAAACCGGCUGGGCAACGCUAACAUCGGGAAUGAUGUGGAUUUCCAAGACGCAAGUGACGACAUGAGCGGCUCCGGGAGUGGUGACAGCUGUCCUGACGACGUCUGUGGCAAAAGACUUUCUAAGAGCCCCAGCACCAGGCAGCCAGAAACGCAUGCUAUUCCUAAGCAGUCUGGACACGGCGUCAGUGGGGCCAGCAGCAGAUCUUUGCCUUCUGCCUUCCUCCUCCUCCUUUCGGUGGCUUUCAUUGCCGCGCAGCACUUGUGGCGGUAACUCACUAGCACAGCCAGGAAAGAGACUGCGGCCGAGGGCUUCACUUUGCCAAAACCAACCAACCAACCAACCAAAGGACAUAUUUAAUUCAU